AGGGGGAGUAGGGCCUAUCGUCGCCUAGGGUCGCUUCUGGGCAGGCCAAGGGGAAAGGUAAGGCGAAAGUGGCUGCCACUGACAGUGAGCCUAAGAAAAAGAGGGGGGGUAAUAACCCCAAGGAUUCACACCCCGCCAUCUUUGUCCCUGGGUAUGAGUGGGUUAGAGGAGAUGUGGGUACCUUCAAGAGUAGGUUCAUGUCUUAUCACGAUGUGAACUCUGUGUGUAGUUCACUCGUGAUUAAUAGGUCGCCUGUUUCUGAGCUCAUCCGGGUUGAGCCUUGCCAACCUGGAGAGCGUGUGUAUAUGCCGUGUAUUGUGAACACUCCGUUCUUCUACAUGUACCGCUGUUUCUUUAGGUACCUCGGUGUUUGCUUACCCUUCAACGAGUUUGAGUGUCGGUUUCUUAGAUUUAUAAACGUGACCCCUUGUCAAUUGCAUCCCAACAGUUGGGGGUUCUUGCUCGCCUUUCAGGUUUUGUGCUCAGCUUUGGGGAUGAAUGCCUCUUUGCCUGUCUUCCUUCAUUUCUACCAGCUUAAGCUGGGUGAGCCUCCUCUAGGUUGGGUGUCUUUGAGUGGGAGUAAGGCUGGAGGGGUAUUUCAACUUUACUCUUAAUCGUACAAAAACUUUAAAGAGGAGUUCUUCCGGAUCUGGCUAUAAACAAUGAUCCGAUGACCGAGGAGGUCUUCCAUUUUGGGGGGAGCCGAGGUUCCCCUUCUUCUGGCAACAAAGCCCAACGAAGUUUAACGGGCCGAGUUGUAUACGUUUGUCGGACUCGGACAGGGAUGACAUUGCCAACCUGGAGGAGUUGUCGUGGCCUUUGGAUAGCAAACUUGUGUUGUCGAUGGCGGGUUUGAAGAAUAAAGAAAGGGGGUUGGAGCAGUUGAUGGGGAAGAGUAAGUGGCGCGAGCUGAAGGCGAAGUCCAACAUCGAGGAGCUUGAGGUGCCCGAGCCUGGUGAGGAGGUCGCUCCUCUAGAGACUCGUCGCAAGAGGAAAAGGGGGCCCGACGAGGUCAGGGAGGCCUCGAAUCUUCCAGUUUUGGAGGAGGUGACGUCGAAGAUCACCGAUCCUCCUGGUACGAUUGAUCUGACCGUCAGUCCUCGGGCUGAGUCACCAUCGAGUGAGCCCGUGGUGGAGGCUAUUCCGCUAAGACAUGCGACUCUGACAUCAGCCUUGGUCGAGGUUAGCGAAGGAGGUCCGAGCUCUCCCGCCAUUCCAACAACGAACUCAGAGAGGAGGCUCGGAUUUAAGAAGAAACUUGCAAACUCCGAGCCUCCAGAAGGUACAACACGCAAGUCCGACCUCGCUCUUUCUGGGUCGGAGACCUAG